AGGAAUGGAUCGGCCAUGUUCUGGGAAUAAUCAGGAGCCGUCUGAAAUAAAUUCCAUGGAUGUAGUGCUAUGUGGAAUAUAUAUUCAGCGACAAUUUGGAUUUAAGAAGUGGAAUAUUAACUGUGCGCUCAUUUGCCGCUUAUGUUGAAACAACACAGUAUCUGAUGUGGACUACACAAUGAAGAAUAUUUGUUCAACUGAUACAUCAAAAUAAUGGAAAAAUUAUGGGAUAGCAAGGAUACAUUAAAUUUGCCGCUAUGCAUAUUACAACUCGACCCGGCCGAUCGAGCAGUUCUUCGGAUAGCAGAUCAAAGAGAUGCUGUUCAGAAGAAAACAUUUACAAAAUGGGUGAACAAACAUUUAAUAAAGACUGGCAGAAGAAUUGUUGACAUAUUUGAGGAUCUUAAAGAUGGCCAUAACUUGAUCUCAUUGUUAGAAGUCCUUGCUCAUGAAGUCUUGCCGAGAGAGCGAGGACAUAUGCGAUUCCACAAAAUUCAAAAUGUACAGAUAGCAUUAGAUUUUCUCAAAUUCAAAGGGAUUCGCCUAGUCAAUAUUCGAUCAGAUGAAAUUGUGGAUGGAAAUCCAAAGUUGACACUGGGUUUAAUAUGGACCAUAAUUCUUCAUUUCCAGAUUUCGUCAACUGUAGUACCUGGCCAACCAGACGAUAUCUCCGCUAAAGAUGCUCUCUUAUAUUGGAGUCGUAGAACAACAGAGGGCUAUCCUGGUAUCAAGAUUACAGAUUUCUCCAAGAGUUGGAGAGAUGGUAAAGCAUUCCUGGCGAUCAUACAUCGCAACAGACCUGAUCUGGUUGACUACCGUAAGGUCAGACAUCAAACAGCCCGACAGAAUCUUGAAACAGCCUUUGAUACAGCUGAACGAGAUCUUGGGGUUACAAAAUUACUAGAUCCAGAAGAUAUUGAUGUUCGGGAACCUGAUGAAAAGUCUGUACUAACAUAUGUUUCCUCAUUGUAUGACGUGUUCCCUAAUGUUCCCAGCACACAGCAAUCACUUCAAGAUAAUGAGCGGCAGUUAAAAAUUGAAGAAUAUCGUGAACUGGCCACAACUUUACUACGAUGGCUUCGAGAUGUCCAUGUAAUGAUGGAUGAUAGAAAAUUCACACCUUCUCUUCUAGAAAUGAAGGCCUUAUUACAAGAUUUUACAAAAUUCCGUUCAGAAGAAGUUCCUUCUAGAUUAGAUGUCAAACAAAGGCUCUUUAAAAUAUUUGAUCAAAUACGGAAUUUAAGCACAGAUAAGGCUAAUAUUGGUGUAGAGGAAGAGCUCUACCCUGAUAAUAUCAACCGAUUUUGGACCCGUUUUACAGCAGCCCUACAAGAACGGGAUAUGGCCAUACAGGCUGAAAUACUCAGGUUAGAAAGACUUCAGAGAUUAGCAGAAAAAGUUAAUCGUGAAUGUAAACAUAAUGAAGAAACACUAAAUACAUUAGAGAAACGAAUAAAAGAUGUAGAAACAAGAAUAGAUACUGUCCACCCAUUUGAGGCCAAGAGAAGUUGUGAUUCCCUAGACCGUGAUUUACACAACAUUGAAGAUACAGUGAGAAAUCUUUUCCGCGAUGUUCAAAGUUUACAAGAUGGCCGGCAUCAACAGGCUGAUCAUUUGUAUAGACGGGUCUCUGACUUACAGUCUAGAUUAUCACAGCUUAGAACACAUCUUUAUAGUAAUGUUAUCCAGCCAUUGUUAUCAAAAUCCUAUGUUGAAGAAGGUAGAACCGUUACUAAAAGGACAGAGGUUGUCACAGAAGUACGGUUAGUGGACACAAAUCCAGCCUUUAAACACAUUCAAGAAUGUCUGAACUGGAUUGAAGCUAAACAGCAAAUACUAGAUGCUGCUGAAUAUGACAGUGAUAUAAAUCGUCUACAGAGUUUAAUUAAAGAACACCAACUUGACCAUAAAGAGGUGCUAUCAUUCCGUAAAGAAGUUGACCAGUGUAUCAAAAACAGACAAAGUCUUUCAUCUGAGGAACAGAAGCUUUAUACACAGAAACUUUCCAAAUUAGAGGUGGCCUAUUCGCUUCUAACGAAUACUUCCACUAGAAGACAGAAGUGUUUGGAGUCAUUAUUAGAUUUUACACAAGCAGCCGCAGCAGAAGUAUUGUGGUUGAGUAAAUUAGAAGAGAGAGAAGUAGCUCGUGAUUGGUCAUCACGAGAUUUAAAUCUAUCACAAGAAGAAGAAUACUGGAAGAGUUUAAUACGUCAACUUGAAGCCAGAGAAGGUCAGUUUAAUGCUGUACAAGAAAGAGGAGGAGCUAUGGUUUUAGAUAGACAUCCUGCUGGUAAUAUAGUAGAGGCAUUUAUGUCCACAAUGCAGUCUCAGUGGUCCUGGAUGAUCCAGCUUACAAGCUGUUUAGAACAGCAUUUAAAACACUGUCUUGAUUACUAUCAGUUUUUUGAAGAUGUACGACAAUGUGAACAGUGGACAGUGCAACAUACAGAUUUAUUAACUAAACGUUAUAAUAGACAGAAUAUUCCAGUAGAAGAAGCUGAAUUACUUCUUAGAGAAAUACAGGAAUUACAAGAACAUCUGAAAGAGUAUGAGAGACGUGUCUCAUCCUUAAUUCUCCGAAGUCACGAAAUUAUUCCACUUCCACAACGUGGUCGACCGGUACAUCGACCAAUUAAAACUAGAACAUUAUGUUCAUAUCAUCACGAAAAUCUUAGUCUCCAGAAAAAUGAAGAAUGUUUUUUAUUAGACAAUAGUGAGAGACAAAGAUGGAAGAUAAAAACAUUAAGUGGUAAUGAAAGUGUUGUACCGUCUGUAUGUUUCGUCAUUCCACCACCUAAUCAAGACGCUAUCGAUUAUGCCAACAGAUUAAAGAUACAGUUAGAUCAUUUAUCUAAUAUGUGGAAACACCAACAACGUAAAUUAAGAAAAGAUAUGGUUUUCGCUACUAUUGAUAUAGUUAAAGGCUGGGAUCUUAAAAAGUUCUGUGCCAUGGAUCCAGGUCAAAGAGAAGCCAUCUGGAGAGCUUUAAAUGACGAUGCACAAAAACUGUUAACAGAUUUAGCCAAUGAUGAUAUGGAUAAACCACGAUUAAAGAGAGAACUCGAAUUAUGCAAUAAGAUCUUCCUCGAUCUCUCAGCUCAAGCUGCAGCGCUUGAAGCUCAACAAAGUAGAUCAUCAUCAGAAAAUCUAAUUCAACAAUUAGACAGCAUUAAUCGUAAUCUUGGAUUAUGUGAUCAACAGUUAUCAUCAUUAUUACACAAACCAGUACCACAGAGUAGAGUAGGCAUACAAGAAGCUUUUCAAAGUUAUAGAGACUUCGAGAAGAGAUUAGAUAAUCAAGACCGUGAAAUAGAAUCUGUUCAGAAAGCUUAUGUGACUGCUACACCCAAAACACAGUUAGUGGAAUCUAAACUGAAUCUAGUAGUAGAAAAAUGUGGUGAAUUAAAAGCUAUAUCUCAUGUCUUUGUACAAAGGUUAAAGACAGCCGAGACAGUUGUAUCUGGUAUAGAUGAAGUUAAACAAAUUGUCUCAGAUUAUGAAAUCUCACUUUCUUCACAUGAUAAUAUGACUUCCAACAUGAAUUCUUUGAGAGACAGACAAGAAGAGCUACGUGAAAUCCAAAGUUCAAUACAACAGCAGCAGCCCAAAAUUGAUCAUUUAAAAAAAGAUACAGGAUCUUUACGGUCAUUAGUAGAAAAUAGUCGUCAGUCAACCAUGAGACAUCAUGAUGUAGAGGCCAUAGAGAAAGAAGUUAGAGAAUUGAGCACUAGAUGGGACAAUGUUUGCAUACAAGUUGUUGAAAGGUUAAGAAGUGUAGAUGCCUCACAAGACUUAUUGUCAGUUUAUCAUAAUGGCAUACAAAGUGAACAGAAGUGGGUGGAUCAAAUGGGAAGUAGAAUAAAUUCACACCCUCCAUUAUCAGGAGAUGUGAUUGAUGCCAAAGAACAAUUAGAUCCGACAAUGGCUAUUUAUAACUCCCUCGGAGAACGAAGACAUCAAAUAGAGAAUGUGAAUCGUAUUGGAGGCCAGUAUAUAAGAGAGGCUAAGAUUUAUGAUAAAAGAUUAGGACAAUACAGGGAGGGUUUGGAAGACAUUGAUACAGCAUUAAUAUCCUCCAUGUCCAAAAGUAGAAAACGUCAAGAUGGAGCUGAAAUUGUUAAAAUUGAAUUAGAUAUGCUUAAUUCAAACUAUAUGGAUAUGGUAAAAUGGACAAAUAUGCGUCUUAAACAAAUAACAGCCAUUUUAUCUGAAACAAAUGAAAACGUACAGUUUCAAAUGGUUAUUGAUGAUGAAAUUCCCUUACUUCGUACAUUCCGAGCCGAGUUGGCCAAGAGAUCAUCGAUGUUGGUGGAUGAUGAUAUGCAUGAGUUCUUCCAGCAACUCUCAGACGUAGAACAUAGCCAUUCAACUUAUAGGUCUUUCGUUAGCAAAUCUAUUAUACAAAGUGGUUCUACAGCAACAGCAGAGCUGACUCCCUCUCCUCAACAAAUUCAUGUGAUAGGAUCUGCACCAGAUUCACCUUACACCUCACCUCAGUUGUCUUUCCCUACAGGACAUUCCGAAAGUUUUUCCCAAAAUAGACUGGCGCAAAAAAUAGCAACCAUCAGUAGUAUUUCAUUGACAAAUCGUGGAUAUAAUUCUAUGGAAAUUGAUGAGGGACCAAUUCAUGGACGUUAUCAAACUGUGUUUAAUGUGAAAAAGACUGAUGUAGCUUCGAGAGGAUUACCUCUUCAUGUGGCUGCAGUAUUAAAUCCACAAACUUCUCAGCGUCUAACAUUAGUGGAAGCAAUAAAUGCUGGACUUGUUGAUCCACAAGCUAAAACUUUCUUUGACCCUAAAUAUAGACAAAAAAUGACUCUAACCCAAGCUGCUUUGAAAGGAUAUAUUGACAAUAGUUUGCAUCAAAAACUAAAUUCUCCUUGUGGAAUAACUGACCCCAGAUCAGAUGAAGAAUUAGUUCUUAUUGAUGCUAUAGCUAAGGGGUUAUAUAUUCCUGCUACCAAUAAAGUGAUAGACUCUACUACUGGUGAUCUUGUGUCAGUAGGUGAAGCAGUAACUCGUGGUGUUGUUUCUCAGAGUUGUGCCGACACCUUAUCAGGAACAGCUGUUAGUCUUACUUCAAUCACCCACACUCAGGCUGUAUUCGCUAAUUCUGAACCUUUAAGAACCGAAAUGCCACUAAGUCUAGCUCAGGUUGUGAGUAAAGGAUUAUUUGAUCGAACAACUGGAAGAGUAAUAGAUCCAGUGUCAAAUGCAGAUAUGACUGUUCUUCAAGCAGUUGAAAAAGGCUUUAUAAAUCCAAGUUAUAGAGAAAUUGAUGACCCAAAUACAGGAGAUAUUAUUUCUUUGACUGAUGCUGUUACCAAAGGAAUAAUAGAUCCAGUUGCUGGUAUGUUUAAACAUAAAACAACAAAUCAGAAAUUGACUUUAGAUGAAGCUCAUAGGCGUGGAUUAUUAAAAAUGCCAUCCUCACUCUCUGAUCUUGUUACAUCGGGAGAUAUGUUAGAAAAUGGAUCUGUGUUUGACAAGAAUACUGGUCUGGUACUCUCUCUUGCAGAAGCUGUAGAUGCCGGUGUUUUGGAUGGAGAAAGAAAGUGCUUAGUGGAUCAGAAUACCAAAGAAGUGUUAUCAGUCACACAAGCAAUAAAGCAGCAGCUUAUAGACUCUGAAGGGCUUUAUGUACCACCAGAUUCCCAUGAUAAUAUGCCAAUUUUAGAAGCAAUAGACCAAGGCUACAUUAAAUUAGUUAGUGAAGAUGUAUCAUUUUCUCGUCCAGGAAUUAAAGAUACUUUGACAGGGGAAACAGUUUCUGUUCCGGAGGCCCUAAAAAGAGGAAUAUUGACUGAUAAAGCAACACUUUUAGACAGACGAAGUAACAUUGAAAUGACUGUACAAGAAGCAGCAAGGAGAAACUUAAUUUCAAAGCCAUUACUUGACAAUUUGAUGAGGCCAUCAUCUUUAAAAGACAGAAGUGGAAGAAAUAUUUCUGUCCUACAAGGAUUAGAAAAAGGUAUCUUGGACCCAGAACAAGGAAUGAUAAGAGAUCCACAGACUAAUAGAUCAGUGUCUUUCCAGGAAGCCACAUCUCUAGGUUUAAUAACAAAUGAAAAUUCCACAGAAAUAUUGGGUCUGAUCAGUCCACUGAUAACAUCAACAACCAUUUUAACACACAUUCAACCAAGUCCCACAGAGCUCAUAACUGCUCUCACUAUAUCAGAAGCUACUUCCAGGGGUUUGCUAGAUUCAUCUACUGGCCAGUUUACAGAUGCCAAUACUGGUCGUGUAAUGUCUAUAGAAGAAGCUAUCAAAAUGGGUUACCUGAAACUUAGCUCUCAAUGGCCAGAAACACCUUCCUUAAACAAAUCGUAUGAUGAAAUUGACAAACUUUCAAGAUUAUCAAAACUAGAUGCAUCAAAAUUGCAAGUUGGUGAGCCAGUUGUUGAGUCAAGUUAUAUGACUAGAAAAGGAGACAAUCAGUUUUCAUUUACAGCCACCAUGAUAUCUAAACCUUUGGUUACAUCAAAGAUGAUAUCUGAAACCAAAGAAAUGACCGUCAAAUCCGUCAUAGAUCCCAGAACUAGACAAGAAAUCUCUGUACCUACUGCACAAGAAAGAGGACUUAUAGAUAUAGAAAAGGGUUUCUACAGAGAUCCAUCUACUGGUCACACUAUGGCUAUUGUAACAGCUGUAGAAAAGGGCUUUAUCAUUGCUGAAAAGGGAGUUCCAGGAUCACACCUUCAAAAUGGAGAACCUAUCAAAGAGACGAGAUCAUAUUCAAUUACUGGUGUGAUCCAUCCAAAAACUGGAAAAAGAAUGCCUGUAAGUCAAGCUGUUAAAGAUGGAAUUUUGGAUCAAGAACAUGGACUUUACAAUGGAGUGGACAAAUUUGGCAAAUCAUUACAAAUGCCCAUCAGCGAAGCUAUCAAAAAGGGAAAUGUUAUAGCUGAAGAUAUCAGUACAACAGUUUCCAUGCCCGGAUCUUUAUUAAGAGAAACAAAGACAUUUAAUCUGAAGAGUGUAAAACACCCUAUUACUGGUCAGCAAAUAACGAUUUCCGAAGCUAUUGCCAAAGGAAUACUAAAAGAAAAUGAAGGAGUAUAUGUAAAUUCUGCCACAGGGGAGAAAUUGCUCAUUCAUGAAGCCAUUGAAAAAGGAUAUAUUGAAGCAGAACUUGUGUCAGUUUUAUCUAACACUGAGGGAGAUGUUAAUAAAAUAACAACAACAAAACUCACUACAUUAUCAGUCACCGCUGUUUUUGAUCCUAGAACAAACAAGCUGGUCACUGUAGCUAAAGCCACAGAAGAUGGGAUCUUGGACUAUGGUAGAGGCUUGUAUAAGAAUCCAUUGACUGGAGAAACUAUGCCUAUCAAUGAUGCAAUAGAGAAGAAGUUAGUAUUAACUGAAUCUACUGAAGUUAAUGGUACAGAAAGUGACAAUGAGUCAGAUACCUCUUCUAUUCAUAGUAUCCAUAUCACAGAGGAACAAGAAGAAUGCCAGUCUACCAUGGUGGAAGAUAUAUCGACUGAAACUACCUCAAUAAGCAUCAACAAUGUUUUUGACGCAGCAACUGGGGAACGAGUAUCGUAUGAUGAAGCCAUUGAAAAGGGGAUCAUUGAUAUUGAUAACGGUGUAUACAUUAACACAAAAACUGGAGAAAAUAUUACUAUAGGCAAUGCACUAAAUAAGGGCUUUAUUAAUGGUGAAGUUACCUCCCAACAGAAAGAAGAGGAAACAUUCAAAAGUUCUGUUGUGGCUGGAACUUCUGCACUCUCCAUUAGAAAUAUUACAUCUGUUCUAGACCCACGAACUGGAAAAACCAUAUCUGUUAAAAGAGCUAUCAAAGAUGAAUUGAUCAAUGUUGAAAAUGGUACGUUUUGGGAUACACAAACAGGAGAUGAAAUGGAUUUUGAUGAAGCUCUGAGAAAAGGAUUUAUAAAUCCAUCCAAACAAUCUGACGCUGCUGAAUUGGAAAAAUCUGUUGAUUAUUCUGAAGAUGAACUAGAUCCACAUGUUUUAUUGUCUAAGAGCUUUGAUUCUGAUAAGCCCUGGUCAAAUGUUGAUAUCAAAUUAGAGAAAUCUGUCCAGGAUGUCCAAGAAGAUUCCAACAUGGCAACUGAAGUUUUACACUACUCAACAGAUGUGGAAGAGAAUUCUAAUUUUAGUGAACCACUAAAUCAAGACUUCAUUACUCCACUUAAUCUGAUAGAUGCUGUUCACAGUGGAAUUUUCUCAGUCUAUACUGGAAAAUUUAAGGAUUUAAAUACUAGCAGACAGUUUACACUUUAUGAAGGAUUAUCAGAUGGGUUGAUAGAAAAACAUCUGGUCACUGUGAAAAAUACCAAAACUGGAAAAAGGAUUCCCCUAGAAAAUGCUAUCCAACAAGGACUUAUUGAUGGUUUUACCAGUGAAGUUGUUGAUAAAUCUACAGGAAAACGCAUUUCACUGCCAGAGGCAAUCUCAAGAGGAAUAGUAGAGAACAUUUUUGAUACAUCUUCAGGACUAGUAACUGAUUUACAAACAGGACAACAAAUGACUUUAAAUCAGGCAAUGGCAGAUGGCAACAUAUCGACUGAUCCAUUUACUGUGGUAGAUACAAGAACAGGUGAUAAAUAUGCUUUGGAUGAAGCAUACAGAAGGGGAUUAAUGGACACACAUGGAAAUAUCAUUGACAAGCAGAAAGGGACGAAAAUGACUGCUCAAGAUGCCAUUAAAUUUGGACUGAUGGCAGUUGUCGGAGCUCCCUAUCUUGCAGGAAAAAUGGUAGUUGAUGCAGUUAAAGGGGCAAAGGAUCAAUCUGAAAUUACUAGGAGAGCAAAGUCACCAAGAACCACCAGUAUUGUUAACGGCAGUGCUCAAGAAGUGUUUAAACCUUCAACUACAAUCAUUUAUGCUAAACCAGGAGAUGAUAUCCACCCAUCAAAACCACUUGAUGGACAGGUGUUUUAUGAUAAUGAUGUUGAUGAUGAUGAUGACAGAAAUACCCCGGUAAGUCCUUAUGUAGACCAGUCUGUAGGAACUUCUACCUUUUCCUCUACACGAUCUCAAACUUGGUAUGAGGAUGCCAAUAAGGCAUCAAUGGUGAAGGGUUCCCAGCAUGUAUCUAACAUGGGUACACAGGAUUUAGUAGGUGUUUCAUAUCCUCUCAAUAGUUCUCACCCCUCCUUUUCCUCUAGUGAUUUUGAUGUAGAUUGGAACUCUAAGACUGUUAUUGUAAAGUCAACGGGUGAAGUGCUAAGUGUUACUGAAGCUGUGCAAAGGGGUUACCUGAACUCAGAAUCAAUAGAGAAUAUAGCCCUUAGCUCUGGUUUAAGAAGUAGCAGAGAAAUCAAAAUAGAUUGGGAAGAGGGGACCAUAUCUGACCGAAAUUCGGGACAAAGAUUUACAAUUGAACAGUCAUAUGAGAGAGGUCUUAUAGAUAAACCCACUGCCAAUGCUCUGUUAGCCAUAACUGGACAUUUCGAAGAAAAUUCUACUUUUGGGUUAGCAGCCACUAAUGUCCAGAACAUUGGCCUCAAAACCACAAAGCAUGUUGAAGAACACACUUCAUAUUCAAAAUCCAGUAUUUCUGAACCUACUAGUUUACAAGUGUCCACAACCAUCAUCAAGCCUAUUGCAUGUGUACCAACUCUUACUUUAAAUCAGCUUAUUGCAGAGAAUACAGUUGUAGCAGCAGCUGGAAAGAUUGUUGACCCUAGUUCUGGAAGGAGAAUUACUAUCAAAGAUGCCAUAGAACAAAACAUUAUUGAUGUACAGAGAUCAGUAGUUGUAGAUCCAAAUUCAAGUGAAAGAAUAACUUUACAAGAUGCCAUAGAGAGAAGAAUAGUUGAUCCAAAGACAGGAAACUUUGGUAAUGGUGGAAGUGAUGAAAAAAUAACAUUACAAGAAGCAUUCCUGGAAGGCUUUAUUCCUGCAGUGUCCACAUUAUCUCAAGCUACUACUAUGAUGGGUCCAUAUGGUGGAUCAUUAAAAAGUGUAGAGACCAAGACAGAAAAGAUUCAUCCCCAAAUACCAUUGGAUCUGGCUGUUAAUCGUGGACUGAUUGAUGCUGAAAGUGGUACUUUUACAGAUCCAGUCACUGGAGAUGUUCAAUCCUUAGCUGCUGCAAUUCAAUAUGGAUAUAUUGUAUCUAAUCAAGAUGAAGUGAACAUUACUGCUGCACAUAGACAAGGACAUCAAGCUUCUGGACCUAAAAAUGUUGAUAGACUCUCAUUUGCCGAAGCACUUGAUCAAGGAUUCAUUGACUUGAAGAAUCAAAAUUUCACUGAUCCAAAUACUGGCAAUAGAAUGGCUAUAUUAGAUGCUGUACAACAGCAACUUUUAGAUACUUCGACUCCUUUAGAUACCAAUUACAGUCCAGGGAAAAAAAGUUUGAAAACUCCUAUUGAUGAAGGACUUCUUGAUGAAAAAACUAAGCGUGUGAGAGAUCCUAGGACAGGAAGUCAUGUCACCUUUAAAGAAGCCAUCAAUUCGGGAGUUAUAGACAGUAAAUACUCUCUGUAUGAUGUUCAGUCUGGGGAAGUGUUUGAUCUCAAAGAAGGAAUAGAUAAAGGAAAAAUUGACCCAACUACUGGAGAAUAUUUACACCAAUCCAAACGACUAUCUUUGAAAGAUGCAGCAAAACUUGGUGCAUUAGCUGUUAUUGGGGCACCAGUUCUAGCGGGACUAGCUGUAAAGGAAGGAGUCAUGUCUGCACUUAAAAAAUCCAAAGAUCAUAAUCAAGAAAAGGACAUAGUAUCAUUCCAAGCCACUACUGUGCGUCAGCUUACUCCAAACACACUAGAAGUGAUAGCUAUGCAACAGUCUACACCAGCAGAUGAUUACAGCUUGGAUUCUUUCAGCAUGAUGGAAGCAGUUUCAAGUGGUUAUUUGAAUAUGAGAAGUGGACAUUUUAAAAUACCAAGCUCAGGGCAAGAUAUAAGUUUGAUAGAUGCUGUUCAAAAAGGAUAUAUAAGAAAUAAUUCUGCUCAUGUAAAGGACAUCAGAACUGGAGAAACAUACAGAUUAUUACAGGCCUACCAAAAUAGCAUUAUUGAUUCUACAGGUCAUCUUCAUGAUGGUAAAGGAAACUACUCUAUAAAUUUAGACCAGGCACUAAGAGAUGGUUUGAUAUUUGAAGUUUCUUCGAAAAAGCAGCAAACAUCCACCAGUUUUACAAAAACCACAAGUCAAAUAAAUGUUCAUUCUGUCCGAGAUCCUCAGACUGCGGCUCAUAUGAGUUUAGAGAGUGCUAUCCAUAAAGGAAUCAUUCAACCAGCAAAAAACAUAUACAUGGAUACAGUGACAGGAACAACUUUGGGUAUAUCUGAAGCUAUCAACAAAGGAUGGGUAAAAGGAGAUAUCAUUGAAAGUGUAACCACCAAAGAGAGGAAGUCAAAGGAAGGUUUCACAGCAGAGGUUGCUGUUACUGAGAACAAAGCAUUGCAUGUUCAGUCUGUAAGAGAUCCCAUAACUGGAAGAGGUCUUUCACUGCCAGAAGCUAUCAAUCUGGGCAUCAUCAACCAAGAUGGAAGUCAAUAUUAUGAUGCUACAACCAACAUAACUAUGUCAAUUGAUUCAGCAAUCGAGAAAAAUCUAAUGGUUGCCAGAGAGAUAUCUGUCGAGAGAGAAACAGAUGAACGCUUUAGAAGAUCCUCCGAAGAUACCAUAACCCAUACUAGAUCCAUCAAUAUUGAAUCCGUAAUUGACCCAGUAUCAGGACAGCAGUUAUCUGUUCCAGAAGCAAUUAGUAAAAAUAUAUUGGAUGUGAAUAGAGGUUUUUUAAAGAAUAAAAGAACAGGGGAGACUGUGGCUAUACCAGAUGCUUUUAAGGAGGGUUUAUUGAUAGGUAAAGAACUGAAUAUGAAUUCUGAAUCAGACAAAGUAUCAAACAGGCAGUCUGUUUAUGACCCAGAUAGUGAAGAAUUUCUUAACUGGAAAGAGGCUGUAAAUAAAGGAUUAGUAAAUGUUUCUGCUGGAAUGUACAAGAUGUCAGAUACAGAGAGUAUGUCCAUUGUACAAGGGGUGCGAGCAGGACUAAUUCAGAGUGAUGCCUUCAACAGAGACUUGGACGUUUCACAAAGGAGAAAAUCCUAUGAUAUUACAUCAGUAUAUGACUCAAUGAAAGGUAGAGAUAUAUCCGUGGCUGAAGCUGUUGAGUCAGGACUUCUAAAUUUACAAACUGGCACAUUUAAUGACCCGAAAAAAGCAGAAAUAAUUAAUGUACAGGAAGCCUUUCACAAAGGACUUAUAAAAGGAUCUUGCUCUAAAACCAGUUACAAAGAUAACUAUGAGACGGAAAAUAUACCUAUCAAAAACUUACUUGAUACCAGAACAUCAGAAAUAAUUAAUGUUAAUCAAGCAAUUGAACGUGGCAUCUUAGACAGGAAUUGUACUAAAUAUUUAGAUCCUCUGACAGGGGAAACAUCAAGCGUGUUUGAUGCUGCUCAAAAAGGAAUCAUAGCUGUAGAUGAAACUGCUGAAAUACCAAUUUUAACAUCUGUAGUCCAGAAAUCAAUGGAUAUAACGUCUGUCAUCGAUCCUGUAAGUGGACUAGAAAUGCCUCUUUCAGAAGCAGUAGAGAAAGCAAUAUUUGAUCCGGAAAAGGGAAUUGUAAUAAAUCAUCAAACCGGUCAGAAAAUCGAUGUGGAGACAGCUUUAGCUAAAGGUUUGGUAACGGCCAACACAGAGGAAGGACAAAUUCCUCAAAAGUUUGCUGUUGUAAAAGGAUUCAUUGUUACAUCAGUGAAAGACCCACUUACGAUGGAAGACCUACCAGUUACAGAUGCAAUAAAACAAGGCUUUCUUGAUACAAAAAAGGGGUUGUAUUAUAACCAGAAAGCCCAGAAAAUAUUGACCAUGAAAGAAGCUGUUAACCAGGGAUUGAUUGAUGCUAAGGAUGCAUCAAAUGCAGGUGUUUCUGAAAGAAAAAGGCAAGAUUCUAUGCAGAUCAAUGUCACUUCUGUUAUUGAUACAUCAACAGGAAGGGGAGUAGGAUUGGAAGAAGCUAUCUCUCAUGGUCUAGUUGAUAAAAAUGUCACCAUCUUCACUGAUUUUAAAGCUGGAGAAAAGAUGAGUAUUGAACGAGCCAUGAAAAUGGGAUUAGUGUCUGGUUCAAUUCAAACCAUAAGUACAACCCAAACAACUGUAACCACAAACAAAUCUUCAGAAACACAUGAUAUUACAGGAGUUAUUGACACAGCCAGUGGUAAAAGGAUGUCAAUUGAACAAGCUCUAGCUAAUGGUCUAGUUGACCCUACUGGUCACUUUAUAGACCGAAAACAUGGAAUCAAGAUGUCAAUAAAUGAAGCUAUGAAGAAAGGUCUUGUAUUUUCAGAAGUUGUACAAAAAUCGUUAUCUUUAAAGCCAAAGACCAUUGAAUCAUCGAUGAGAUUUAUUCAGGCCUUAUUAAAUGGAUACAUUGACACAAAAAAGGGGUUGUUCAACAAUACAGUCACAGGGAAACAUUACAGUGUUGAUGAAGCAGUGAGGACAGGCAUGCUACUUAAUGAUGAUGAUAGACCUUACAUGUACCAGGGGCUUAACAGUAAGGGUAUUACUUACAGUUUCAAGAAUGCUCUUAAAGUUGGUCUCAUAAAUGAACACACAGGACUUUUUUGGGAUGCAGUUAGUGGAAAGAAUAUUAAUAUUCAAAACGCAUUGAAUUGUGGAUCCUUAUCUCCAAUUGUUGGUACUUAUGGAGGAAGAACGGAAGGAGAAUCUGUUAUAAUUUUGAAAUCGGGAAGCAUUUCCUCUUCAAUGAUUUCUGAUAACGAUAUUAUUGAUCCUAGAACUGGAAAGAAAUUGUCAACAAAAGAGGCGGAAGAAAAAGGAUUAGUGUCUGUUGUUUCUACUGACAGUUCUCCAUCAAUCAGUGAUGCUUUUGUUAAUGGACUGAUAGAUAAAGACACAGGACUUUACCAUGAUCCAGCAACAGGAAAUAUAAUGCCUGUUGACGAAGCCGUGGUAUGUAAUUUUCUUUCUAUUGAUACAGUGAUGACAAAUGGACACUCAGAACCAAUUCCACAGGAUUUCAUGCCAAAAUCAAUUACAGAAUCCAUACAGAAGGGUCACAUUGAUACUGACAAAGGAAUGUAUACAGACCAACAAAAGGGGACAACAAUGACUGUAACUGAAGCAUUACACAAAGGUAUUCUUGUACCAUCAAUGAAAGUAGAUAUGUCUGAAGACCAAGAUUUUCAAAAAUCAAAAGAUCAGAUAACUGUGGUAACUGAGGGUUCACCUUUUAAACCUAAAGCGGAUAUAGUUGUCAAACAUGGAAAGAUUGUAUCCAAGACUGCUACAGAGGUAAUAGUUACAACUGGAUGUGCCACUUACACAACUAAGGUUGGAUUUUCUAUGAGUUCUUCUGGUGAGGUAAUAAAUAUGACAACUGGUAAAAAGAUGUCGAUUCCUGAAGCUUUAGCAGCAGGUGUUAUUGAAACUGAAGAGGUGUCGGGUACUGGUGAAGUUCAGGUAACAGGCCAUGCUAUUCCUCCUGUAUUGGAUCAGCUUUCAACAGGAGUAAUUGAGGUUAAUGGUCGUUUGGCUGAUUCAUAUGAUAAACUCAUACAAGAUUUAAAUGAUGGUUUGAAUCAGAUAGCAGAUUAUGAACAAGUUCUAAAGGAUGAUGAGCAAAUGGCAGAUGAACCUUACAAACUUCAGUCACAACUUGAAGCAUAUAAGACUGUUCAUAAAGAAGUUGAUUCCAUUAAGCAACCAAUUCUGUCUUUAAUAUAUCAAGCUGAACAGUUAACAGAACAUUACCAGGAAGAACUGGUACCAGAGCAGGUAACAGAGUUACAGAGUAUGGCAACUUGUACCAAGACUGCCUUAGAGAAGUUACUAAAAACGUCUGAUAUCCGUCUUAAACAUCUCAAUACAGCCACUGAGGAACUUCAGAAGUUUGAGGAUGAAUCUAAUAAAUUUAAAGAAUGGAUGACAGGUGCUGAGAGAGAACUUGAAAGACAGGAUGAAUGUCUGCAACGUUUUGAAGACCUUAAACCAUUGGCUGAAAAACAAAAGGCUCUACUAAAUGACAUUGUCUCACACCAAGCAGAUGUGAGGUUUAUGCAGAUGGCUUCCCAGAAGUACCUAGAGGAAGCUAAGCUAUACAAGUUGGAAAUUGAUGCUUUCAAGGCUGACAAACAUCGACCAACCAGACACAGUCUUAUCAGUAUGAAUGAUCUGGAAGCUGAGUCUGUUCGUGAAGAACUCAAAGACAUCAGCAAUAGACACUAUGAACUGAAAACCAAAGUAAUCGGAUUUGGAGAUCGUCUGUCAAAUUUGGCCACGAAACAAAUAGAUUAUAAUGAAUCUGCUUUCAAGAUGUUGCAAUGGCUAACAGAAGCAGAAGAUGAACUUUCAUCUAUUAAACAUGAUAGUAGCUCCCCAGCGCCUGAUAAACUCCAUCAUCAGUUAGAAAGACUCAAAUCACUUAGCAGCGAUGCUUUAAGUCAAGUCGGUCUCCAACAGGAUACCCAGAAGAAAGGUGGUGAUCUUACCAACUGCCUCAGUGGUAUUUCUGCAGAUCCUAGUCAAAUCCGUAAUAUGCAGAAAACCAUGAAAGAUAUUUCUGAUAGAUACUCUGCAGUAACCAAAGAUGUUGGAGAUCAAAUAAAUAAGAUGCAGGCAGCUAUCACUAAAUCUCAAGGAGUCCAAGAGUCCAUUGCUGGUAUUCUGAAUUGGUUAAAAGACACAGAUAAUGUUGUCAGUAACCAGCAGCCUAUCAGUCUUAAUAAAGCCAAUCUCAACAACCAAAUCCAAGCCUUCAAGUUAGUGGAAGCCGAUGUAGAUAAUCAUAAAUUUAGCAUUGAUUCUGUUAAACAGAAAACCAAUGAUCUUAUUAAGAACUGUGAUCUUGAAAUGGCCAGAUCUCUAGAAGAACAACUGAAUACUGUAGACAAAAAAUAUAAUGCUGUUAAAACCAAAUGUAAGAAUAGAGAUAAGGACCUUGAGGAGAUUUCAGGGAAGUUACAAAAGUUUAAUGAUGGUCAAGAAGAGACUCUAAGUUGGUUGGCAAAUAACAUUGAUGCUCUUAAAUCUAAAGAUAUGAGUAAACUACCAAGUGAUGAGAUGCAAAGUGAACUUCAAAAGAUUUCAAUACAGAAACAAAAACAGAAGAGAACGUUGGAUGAUUUGAGGAAAGUUGGCAAAGAUCUUACCACAGAUAAACGAAGUGGAGACUCAGGUACUGUACAAGAUGCUCUCAAAAACUUAGAACUACAGUGGGCAGAAUUAGACCAUCUGUUCUUGGAAAAAGAACAGGAAGCCAGAGAUAAAGAAAUGCGAGGAAAUGAAUUUGAACAUGCCAAGAAUAUAUUCCUACUUUGGUUGACAUCUACUGAAGCUCAGCUUGAUGAAUUUGAACCUGUUGGUAUAGAUAUAGAGACAGUAGAAAGACAGAUUGGGGAAUUAAAGCCUCUUCUAGAAGACUAUGAACAGCAAGAACCUAAUAUAGAUGAAGUCAAUGAAUUAGGCAAUACUUUUGAAAGCCUUCAAUCUCCUGAUCGACCAAUGAGUCCUAUUCGAAGACAUGCACGUGUUGGUUCUAGAAGAAUUUCUGGACUCUUGUCCCCAAGGUUACGUUCUCCAUCACCGACAAUGUUUCCAGGACAAACCAGUCCUCUCUCUAGUGAAUCUAGUGGUAUUAGUAGUAGGAAGAGUUCAUCUGACUAUCUUCUGCUAGAUGAUCUAUCUGAAACCCAACAACAACUAAUGGAUAUUAAUCAGAGAUAUGAUAUAAUUGGAGAGAGAUUAGCUGACAGACAUCAGGAGUUGCAGAAUGUUCUAGGUAGUAUAAAGACCUUUCUCCAGGACCUACAAGACAUGUUGUCAUGGUUAGAUAUGAAAGAUCAUGAAUCUAACUAUCAGAGUGAUAUACCAACCAAUGAAAAGGAUGCCAAGAAAAAACUCAAAGAACAUGAGAAUUUCCACCAUGAACUGUUGGGUAAAGAGGCACUAGUUGAAGAUAUAAGAAAGAAAGCUUUGGACUUGAUACGAACUAAACAAGGUGUACCUGGCCUAGAUACUCUACAAAAUCAGCUCUCGCAAUUAGAUGACAAAUGGCAUGGUUUAAGAGCCACCUCAGAACAAAGACGUUUAAGUUUAGAAGGCAUGGUUAUAGACUUGAGAGAUCUUAGAGAACAUGGUGACCAGCUACAGAAAUGGUUAACACAGAAAGAGAAAAUGUUAGAUGUUUUAGGUCCUAUGGCUAUAGAACCUGUUCUAUUAGAGAAUCAACUAGAUCAAGUCAAGGUUCUGAAAGAAGAAUUUACUGAACAAGAACCCUUGUUUGAUAGAUUUAUUCAGUCUGGUCAUUCUGUACUGGAUAAAUGUCGUCCCAACUCGAUGGAUUCCAGCAGUGUUGGUAGAAAAAUUGAUACUGUCAGUAAAUCUUGGGACAAACUUCAUGACAGACUCAAAGAACGUGAAAAUUCUUUAAGUUCGCUUGGUGGAAUAGGUGCUGAAUUCUCAGAUGUCACUAAAAAUCUUGGAGGAUAUCUAAGUGAAGUCAAUGAUAAACUGGACAGCCUUCCAUCUAUCAGUUGCUCUCCUGAUACACAACGCAGACAAAUUCAAGAAGCAAUGGAUAUUGGUAAUGACCUAUCUGGUAAGAAACCUGAAUUAAAGAAAGCUCAAGAAUUAUGUAAGAAACUUUGUGAUUGUUCCAAAGAUCCUUCUACCAAAUCUGAUGUUAAAAACAAGCUGUCAGCACUAGAAAAGGGUUAUAAUGAUGCCAGCAAAAAAGUUGAUUCACGUAUUUCUGCCUUGGAUAAUGCUAAUCGUGAAGGAGAAAGAUUCCAAGCUGAGUGCCAUGAUGUUCUAGACUGGGUUCAAGACAUGUCACGUAACCUUAAAAAUCAUGAACCAUUAUCAGGUGAAAGAGAUACCCUUCAACAACAAGCUCAGGAUUUGAAGAAUAUUCAGAAUGAGAUUGCUGUGAAAAUGCCAGAGAUUAAAGAGCUGCUGGAAAAAGGUAGCAAAUUUUUGGAAGAAGCAACCCCAACCCCAGAUAUUCGUCAGAUGCAGGAAAAACUACAGAUUAUCCAAUCUGACUGGGAUCAGAUUAAAGCAGUAGCAAGUACUAAACAAGACAAACUAGCAGAAGCAUAUGAUCAUUCACAGAAAUUCCACGAGAAUAUGGAUAAAAUGUUGUUAUGGUUAGAGAUAGCAGAAGACAAACUGCAGAAAACUAGACCACAACAGUUAGAUAAAGCAAUUAUUGGUAAAAAGAUAAGAGAUUUACAGGCAUUACAAAAUGAUGUAUUAAAGAAAUCUCAUGAUCACGAUAAUUUAAACAGUGAAGGUGAAGCUUUAAUAGAUUGUGUAGAAACAGGUGGAAAUGAGAUACAAGAUAAGAUGGAUAAUAUCAACAAAAGAUGGGAAGGACUUGGUAACAAUAUAACAGAAAGGGCACAAGACCUAGAAGAUGUUCAGCUGCGUCUUUCGGAAAUCAAUGACAACAUGACCGAUGCCAAUAGUAAUCUGAAGAAAUGGGAAGAGAAACUAGAUUCUCAUCUUCGACUUGGUCCAGUUGCUAAGGAUCCAAAACAUACUGAUAAAAUCAAGGCCUUGGCAGAUGAUGUUCAGGGAUUAAAUGGACAAUUAGACUAUCUAGAUGCUUUAUUAGAUGGUAUCAAUAUUGAUGGAAAAGCAGACACUCAAACUAUGGAAGCAGAAGUCAACAACAUGAAAUUUAGACAAAAGAAAUUACAAGAGAAAUUAGAGGAUGUUUUGUCAGAAAUGGAAUCAGGUUCACAGAGUCUUUCAGAAUUCCAGGGUUUGUUACGAGAUCUUUGUGGUCAAUUAUCAGACACUGAAAAUGACCUAAACAAGAAAGAACCAGUUGGCUGUGAACAAACUAUUUUAGAUUCUCAACAACAGGAUAUUGAUAAUUUCUUGGCUGACCUUGGUGAUAAAGAACAUGCUAUCAGAGAUUUAGAAGCUAAGUCAAGAGACUUGAUGAGAGCUGGCUAUAUCACAGAACCGGACGUCAUCAAAUCAAAGGUUGAUAAUUUGAAGAAACAGUUAGAAAAAAUGAAAGAACAGGCAAAGCAGAGGAAGUCAGACAUCAAGAAUAACAAAGAUAAAGUGAAAAAGAUCAAUGAAAAAAUGGCUGCUGCUGCUAAAGGAAUGGAUGCUGCUGGAAGUAAAAUGGAAUCAUUGAAGCCUAUUGGUGGUGAUGUUAAAGCUAUCAAACAACAACAAGAUGAACUCAAGAAUUUCGUAAAGAAGAGUGUUGAUCCUCUACAAAAACAGUUUGAUGUUGUAUCAUUUGAAGGACAAGCUCUAAUACAAUCUGCACCUACUGGGGUGGAUUGUCAAGAUCUGGAAGCUCAUCUUGAAAAUUUGGCAGGAAAAAUGUCGGAACUCAAUGAAAAGGUCAGUGAAAGAGAACAUAACUUGGAUACUGCUAUUUUGAAUUCUGGUAAAUUUACGGAUGCCUUGGAUUCAUUGUUGUCAUGGUUAGCAGAAACAGAAGAUAUGGUAGCCAAUCAGAAACCUCCAUCUUCUGAACAUCGUGUUGUGAAAGCUCAAUUACAGGAACAAAAAUUUCUACAGAAGAUGUUAGAAGAUCGUGCACCUAGUGUUAUCUCAGUUCGUGAAACUGGUGAUAAGUUACAAGCUGGUGUUGACCCCAAGGAAAAGAAGAAGAUUCAAAGUCAGAUGGCACAAUUAGAAGAAAGAUGGGAAAAUUUGAACAAAACUGCUUCUGGUCGCAUGCAUACUCUUGAAAAUGUUAUGGAAUUGGCCAAAGACUUCCAGGAUAUUAAUGAACCACUGUCAUCAUGGCUGGAUGUUAGUGCAAAACGGUUUGCUUCAAUGGAACCUAAAGCUUUAGAUGCCGAUGGAAUUGAAAGACUUGUUAAAGAUUUAAUGGCACUACAAGAUGAUGUAAGUGAUAAAGAAGACCAAGUAAGAGAUCUGGCUAUCAAGGGUAAACAACUACAAGAUCAUUGCAAAGGGGAGGAUGUUGUUCUUGUGCAAGUUAAAAUUGAUGACGCACAACAUAAAUACUCUGACCUGAAAAACAAAGUAGCUGAUACAUUAGAACAGAUGGAAGAAGCUCUCCCAUUAGCUCAAAACUUCCAAGACAAACAUAACCAAUUUUUACAAUGGUUGGCUCAGAUUGAGCCAGAAGUUCGGGCCAAAGAAUCCAAAUCUGGUGAUGCUGAAGACCGUCUUCAGAGUCUUUUAGAUGAAGUAGAAAACAUACAACCUAUAUUAGAGGAAAUUAACCGAGAUGGUAAUGAACUAGUAGAUCUAGCACCAGGAGAUCUCGGUCUCAGGGUAGAAGAUGCUAUCAAUAAAGACAAUAAACGAUUUGACUCAAUCAAAGAUCAAAUUGAAAAACGAGCUGAGAAGGUUCGAUUGGCCAGGCAAAAGUCUUUCGAGGUGUUAGGUGAAUUAGAUGAUUUAUUGGAAUGGUUUGAUGAAGAAGAAGGUAAAAUGUUAGAAUCUGAACCUAUCAGUUCAUUCCCCGAUAAACUUCAAUCACAACUUGUAGGACAAAAGACAUUAAAUGAUGAUAUCAACAGUCAAAAAGCUAAAGCUAGAGAUGCCAUUACUGCUGGUAAAAAAUUACUUCGUGAAAGUCCACCAGAAGAAGAACCUGCUAUUCGUGAAAAGAUGGACCUGCUGAAAUCAAGAGCCGAUAACUUAUCACGUCAUAGUAAUGAUCGUCUUAGUCAGCUAGAACAAGCCUUACCAUUGGCUAAACAUUUCUUGGAGACACAUAACGAUCUUCAGAAUUGGUUGGAUGAGAUUGAGCCUAUUAUAGCUGAAAUGGAUGUUAUGUCUAUUAAUACAGAUCAAGUUAAGAAACAACAAGAACAAAUGAAGACGUUAAAACAAGAUGUUAUCGAUCAUAAACCAGUUGUAGAUAGAUUAAAUAAAACAGGCUUAGCUCUAGUUAAACUAUGUGGACAGGAUAAUGCUAAUAGAAUUCGAGAUAUCAUGGAUGAUGAUAAUAGACGUGUUGAUGAUUUAAGAAUACAUGUUCGUGAACAAUCAAACUCUAUAGAGGAAGCCAUGCAACAGUCAGCAGAUUUCUCGGAUAAAUUAGAAGAUUUAUUAGAGAAUUUAACUAAAACAGCUGAAGAUGUGAAGAAUGCUGAACCCAUUGCUGCUUAUACAGAUAAAAUACGUGGACAAAUCAAUGAUAAUGCUGCAAUUGAAGAAGACAUGGACAUGAGAGAGGCUGCCUUAAAUUCUGUCCGCAAUACAGCAGAAGAACUAUUACAGCAAGCUGGAGAUAUUCAAGAUGAUGCUGUGCAAGAUGUGAGACAGAAAUUAGAUGAACUUGUUAAAUUAUAUGAUGAUAUCAAGACAAGUACACAAAGUAGAGGUGAUGUAUUGGAUGAAACUCUUGGAGUAGCAGAUAAAUUCUGGGAUGAGUUAAACAAUUUGACAAGCACUCUAAAAGAUCUGCAGGAGAACAUAGGUAGUCAGGAACCACCAGCCUUGGAACCAGAUGCUAUUAGAGAACAACAGGAGGAGUUAGAGACAAUAAAAGAAGAAGCCAUAGCAACACAAGCUGAUCUAGAAGAUGUACAGCAGACAGGUCAACAGUUGAUGUCAUCAGUUGGUGAACCGGAUAAACCAGAAGUCCAGAAAAACAUGGAUGAUCUUGAUAACCAACUCUCUGUCAUCAAUGAUGAUCUUGAAAAACGUGCUCAUUCUUUGGAAGAAGCUCUUACCAGAGCCCUUACAUUCCAAGAUACUUUGAUGAAAAUCUUGGUGUGGCUUCAGAAGAAGGAAGAUGAAUUUAGCAAUAUGGGUCCCAUCGGUGCUGAUUUUGAGGUCCUGAAGAAACAGUUAGUGGACCUUAAGAAUUUCAAGGCUGAUGUUGAACCAAAACAAGUAGAAAUUGAAGCUCUAAGCCAACAAGCCAAUGAAAUGGCAAAAGACAGUACAGCUGAACAAGCUAUAAUUGUAAAAGAACCAGUGGCAGAACUGAAAGACAGAUGGGAAGUUCUCAUUGAUAACAUUGGUGAACGCCAGCGUUUAAUGCAAAAUGCAUUGUUGAAAUUGGGUCAGUUUGAUCACGCCCUGAAAGAGUUGAAUAUCUGGGUCAAUAAAACAGAUGAGACAUUGGACAGUAUACAACCUGUAUUUGGUGAUGGGAAGGUUAUUGGAAUAGAGCUGGCUAAACUUAAGAUUGUACAGAAUGAUAUACAGUCACAUAUACCUAGCAUUGAUGUUAUUAAUGUGGAGGGUCAAAAGCUCAUGGCUAAUGAAAGCAACCAGGAAGCUUCAAGUAUGAGACAAAAGCUAGAUGAUCUAAAUAAUGGAUGGGAACAAAUCCAAGACAAGAGUAACAGAAAACAAGCAGAAUUGGAAGAAGCUCUUCAAGAGGCUCAAGUAUUUACUAGUGAUCUACAUGAUGUACAAAGUAAACUUGGUGAUAUGGAGAAUCAACUUAUUACAUCCAAACCUGUUGGUGGCCUUCCAGAAACAUCUAAAGAACAACUAGACAAAUUCAUGGAAGUAUUUAAUGACCUGAAGGCUUUAGAACCUAGAAUCAGUGAUACAUUGAAGAAUGGUGAUGAUCUAGCUAGAAAGAGUCGGGAUCCAGCAUCUGGUAACAUCAGACAGAAUAUGAAAGCUUUACAGCAACGUUGGGAUAACUGUCGAGCUAGAGCCGAAGAUAGAAAGAAAAAAUUGGAAGAAGCUGUUGGUAAUGCCGGUAAUUUCCAUGAUGAUCUGAAUAAAUUUAUUGGCUGGUUAACAGAGAAAGAACGGGUACUGAAUAAUCUAGGUCCGGUUAGUCGGCUGGUCAAUAGAGUUACAGACCAAGCUGAUGAACAUAGAGUUCUACAGAAGGAUAUCAGUAAAAAUCGUGAAAAUUUAAUAGCUCUAGAAAAGAUGGGUACCCACUUAAAAUACUUCAGUCAAAAACAAGAUGUCAUCCUAAUUAAGAAUCUACUCUCAAGUGUCCAACAUCGCUGGGAGAAAAUUGUCUCUAGAAGUGCUGAACGUACACGUAAACUUGAGAGGGGCUUUAAAGAAGCUAAAAGUUUCCAUGACAUCUGGAAAGAUUUACUUGGAUGGUUAGUAGAUGCUGAGAAAGUUCUGGCAGAAGAUCUUAUCAUUGGUAAUGAACCAGAGAAAAUCAAAGCUCAGAUUGCUAAACAUAAGGAAUUCCAGAAGAGAUUGGGUGCCAAACAGCCUAAAUUUGACACAGUUAAUAGAACUGGUCGAGCUUUAAAAGAUAAAUGUCCAUCAGAUGAUGUUCCUGUGUUACAACAGAUGUUAAACGAACUAAAGAACAAAUGGAACAGUGUAUGUGGUAUGUCUGUUGAUAGACAAAGGAAGUUUGAAGAGGCCCUAUUAUUUUCUGGUCAGUUUAACGAUGCCUUACAGGCUUUGUUAGACUGGUUAGCUAAAGUAGAGCCAACUCUAGGCGAGGACCAACCUGUUCACGCUGAUAUAGAUACUGUCAACAGUCUCAUAGAUGAACACAAGAGAUUCCAACAAGAAUUAGGUGCCAGAGCUAAAAAUGUUGACUUUGUUAGAAAGUCUGCCAAAGAACUAAUAGAUAAAUCCCAAGAAGAUACAUCUGAGCUACAAGCCCAUCUGAUAGAACUUACUACACAGUGGGAUCGUGUCUGUAAAUUAAGUGUUAGUAAACAAGAGAGAUUAGAACAAGCUCAUAAACUGGCUGAAGAAUUUAACAAGAAAGCUAAUGGUUUAUUAGAAUGGUUGGGUGAUGCAGAACGACAUCUACGUUAUCAAGGUCAAUCAGCUUUACCUGAUGAAGAAAUACUAAUGUUAGAUAAAAUAGAAGAACACAAGAAAUUUGAAGAAUCUCUAUUAGCUCAGGAAGCUAAUUUACGUGAAACUCUGAACAUCGGACAAGAUAUAAUGAGAAGAUGUCAUCCUGAAGGGUUGGUAACCAUGAAACAUUGGUUAUCAGUUUUAAGAGCAAGAUGGGAGGAGUUAAUGAGCCUUACUAAACAGAGACAACGUAAAUUAGCAGAUGGUCUAACAACUUUAAGAAAGAAUAAUAUUCUCUUAGAUGAAUUGUUAGCUUGGUUAAAUAAUGCCGAAGUUAAAUUGACUGAUUUAGAAAGAGAACCUAUACCUCAAGAUGUACAAGUUAUUCAUGAAUUACUGAAAGAACAUCAGGAAUUCCAAACGAAUUUGUCUUCCAAACAACCAGAAGUAGAUCGAUUGACUAGACCAGAUAAAAGACGUCCUUCAAUGUCCCAUGAACCAGCCACUCCAUCUCUCAUACCACGUUUCCGUGGUAGUUUUAGAACACCAAAUAAACAAUCACCAAAUCGAUCCUAUAUGAGUGGUAGACGUACACCAGACCAGUCAGGCCGUAGAACCCCAGAUCAAUCAGGCAGACGAACACCCGAUAUGUCGGGUCGACGCACACCUGAUUCUUCUGGUCGCAGAACUCCGGAGCCAGCAUUCCGUAAUCCACGUGUUGGAGCACUCUUCAACAAAUGGAGACAUGUUUGGUUGAUGGCCAUGGAUAGACAGAGAAAAUUGCAAGAUGCUCUUAAUUACUUAGAUGAGCUCGAAAGAAUGAAGAAUUUCAACUUUGAUGAUUGGCGUAAGCGCUAUCUACGCUGGAUGCACCAUAACAAAGCUAGAAUUGUUGAUUUCUUUAGAAGGCAAGAUAGAGAUCAUGAUGGAAAAGUUACAAGAAAGGAAUUUAUUGAAGGGAUCAUUGGAUCAAAAUUCCCAACAUCACGAUUAGAAAUGGAAGCUGUAGCCGAUAUAUUUGAUCAUGAUAGAGAUGGUUUUAUUGAUUAUAAGGAAUUUGUUGCUGCUUUACGACCACCAUCUGAAAAAGAGCCUGCCCAAGAAGUAACUCUAGAUGAAAAGAUAAUGGAUGAAGUUAAAAGACAAGCUAGUAAAUGUACAUGUGUAAAACAAUUCCGUAUUCACAAAAUUGGAGAGGGAAAAUACCGAGAGCUUGAAACCCUCUUAUUCAGUUUUGGAGAUUCACAGAAACUACGUUUAGUUCGUAUAUUACGUAGUACUGUGAUGGUAAGAGUGGGAGGUGGAUGGGUAGCUCUCGAUGAAUUCCUUGUCAAAAAUGAUCCUUGCAGAGUUGGUGUUUGGCGCCGUAAUCGCUUUCGUUUCAAACGACGGUUUCUGCAAUGUGAUCACUGUAUAGCUAAAGGACGAACUAAUAUGGAAUUACGUGAACAGUUUGUUUUAGCAUCUGGUGUUAGCCAGUCUAUGUCUGGUUUUGUUUCUAAGAGUCCAGUAUCAGGAAGUUCUCAUUCUGGUAGUUCUGGUAGUGGCCGAUCUCCUUACACCUCAACAGGACCUAUUUCCAAGAUACGUGAAAAAACUUCCCAUUCCUCACCAUGGCAACAGCGAGUUAAAACCCCUGAUGGUGAGGUUAACCAAAUUAUGUCUCGUGGCAUGGCUGGAUCUCGUUUAACACCACCUACCAAGUCAAAAUUAUUUCGUAAAAUGGGUAGUCCACGAGAUACACAAAGUCCAGUGAGUCGAAGUUCAAGUAGAGCUAGUAAUGGCGGAAGUCGUCCACCCAGUAGAACAGGAAGUGAAACAUCAGAGGGUCUUGAUGCUGAAGUUUUUACCACUCUACAAACUGAGACUGAUACACGAGGUGGCCGUAAUAAUACAACAGUCACAUACCAAACACACAAUAUACAAACCCGCACUGUUACAGUACCCACCCCAACACAGUCCAAAUAUUCCAAAAUUCCCAAAUUUUCACCAAGGAAAUAAACAGAGAGGAAAUUAAUUUCCUAAUUUUUUUUAUCUGAUUGCCAAUUUAAGACAUUUAUUUAUUUAACAGUGUAAUAUAUUAAAGCCUAGAAUAUAAUAUAUUAAGGACAUAUUUGCCUCAUAACGAAUUCACUACUAUGUAUUUACAGGAUAACUUACGGUCUUUAAAUUACUACAGAUUUAAAGGGAAUGAUAGAUGUAUCUGUAAGAGCACCAAAGUGUGUUGCGUUGUUAAAGUUUAUAAGAUGCACAUUAUAUAAGUAAUAACUGAACAGGAGUUAUUAACAUAACAUAGAAUUUUAUAUAAUUUAUAUAUUUGUAGACCUAAUUAAGUCUUUCAUGCCAAUAGUAACCAGUGUAUAUAGCUUUUGUAACGCCAUUCAAACGAUAUAUUAUGUAUAUUAUGUUACUUAUACUUGUAUAUAAUAUUCAAAACCAAAUCGGGUUGAAGCAGAAUCUCAUAUUGUUAUAACUUGAUGGUGGUUUUGAUUUCUUAUUGUUUUUGUUUUAUGGUGAAAUUAUGAUCAAUUACAAUGAGAUUAUGUACAUUUAUUCUGAUCAGUUGAUUCAGUAAAUCAUGUCAAGUGAAUUUUUAAAGAUGAAGAUUGAAAUUGUACAUAAAAAAUACCCAGUCUAAUUGUUAGAUUUUUUUUUCUUCAAUUGUAUCCAUUUAUUUGCUAGACGUAGUAUUUAUAUUCGGCAUUGGAAGUGCUUGCGUGUCAGUCUGAAACUUUCUGUCAGAUUGAAAUAUUGUGUUAUAUUUUCAUGCAUGAUAAUGGAAUAACUCCUCUUAAAAAGAGUUAUUUUAUACACAGAGAAUAUUUGUUUUGUCCUAAUUUAUUUAGAUAGAACACUCAAAUUAAUAUAUUUUCAUGACUUGACAGGGUGCCUGGAUAUGAUAAUUAUGAUAUAUUAUACAUAUGUAUAUGUUGAAUUUAUGUUAGUUAAUGUCUCUAGUAAUGUUAUGUACAGUGACAAGAGCUUUACUUAUUGCAUAUGUAUGCUACAGUGUACUUUAGAUUGACAGUAUGACAGUCAUUCGAAUAAAAUUAAAAAUUACUAUUUUUGGGGCUGCUGCAAUAUUAUGAAUACCAUCAAUAAUAUUACACAAAAAUUCUGAUUCUAAUUUUAUUCAAUGGUUCUGUACAUUAUUUUUAUUAUUAUAUUUUUUUUUUUUCAUUUCUACUUAUUAUGCAUCAUUUUUGAUUUUUCGUUAAAUAUCGGAUACAAUGUGUUUGUAUGAGUGAAUGUAGUUAUUAUUAUUAUUUUUAUUUUGUAUGAAGGUUGUGGCCUGAAUAACUAGUUAUAUUAUACCAAGCUUCAUUUUCUUCUAUUAAACUAUUCAUGGGUGCUAUAUAUUAUACAGAUAUGUGUAUUGAUAAUUAAAGUCAAAUACCUCUUAAUGAAAUAAAACUUAAACAAGACUUUAAACAGAACUCAAUAUUACAUUUACAUAGUUCUGAUGUAGGGAAUAUUUAAUUUAGGAAAAAAAAAGUAUACAUUUAAUUAACUCCGUAAUAGUUAUAUUUUAAUCAGUUGGCAAUUAGGGAUAAUUACAAACAUUUUAUUGGAAUAUUAUAUAGUAAACCUAAUAGAAGUCAGAGAGCUACGUUUAUCAUACCAUGACAUGGAUAUCACUAUACUUCAUUAUUAGCUUAUUUUAUUAUAGUCUGAUUUCAUUUACCAAAUGCAUAAUACUUAGAACAUAUGAUUGGUUAUAUUUGCUAAAUAAUAAACAUAUGAAUCUCU